AUGUCCGCUCCCCUCUUUUGGUCAACGCCCCUCAAGUACUGCGGCUGGGCAGCCCGCGAGCGUCCCGCCUUCUUCUGGUCCGUCGUCGUUGGAGCCACCGGUCCGAUCCUGAUGCCCAUCGUUCCUCCCAUCCGCCACAUGCUCGGCGACGUCGAUCCUGCGCCGAUUCCCGUCACCUAUCCCGUCCCCGCCGGCCCUCGCAAACAAGUAACAGGCUACGACGACUAA